AUGCCCAAGGAAAUGAAUAAAACUUAUGAUCACCCUGAACCUCCCUUUGUAGCUGUCUCCUCAAACCCUAAUACCACUAUAUUGCUAGCCACUGCAUUGGUACACUUGAAAGCUAAUAACGGUAACACAGUUGUAGCCCGAGCCGUUAUUGACUCCGCAUCUAUGGUAAGCUGCGUAACAGAAAAUAUUGCUAACCUGCUUAUGCUUAAACGGACAUUUUCCAGUAAUUCCAAGAUAGAUGGCCUAUCAUCAGUAGAAGUUAAAUCUAAAGGUGUGUCAAAAGUUAACAUAUCGUCUCUUAGCGGAGAAAUGAUUGCUGAUAACAACCCAGUCCUUAUUCUAGACAGAAUAACCUCAAACCUCCCACACUCAGAAGUUCCAGUUAAUGUUAAAGAAUACUUCAAACAUUUGGUCCUGGCUGAUCCAACUUUUCAUUUGCCUAGUAAGAUAGAUGUGCUCAUAGGUGCUGAUCUAUUCGCUAAAGUAAUCACUGGUGAACGCAUCAUCAUUAACAAGGAUCUUCCUGCUGCCAUGAAUUCUGUAUUUGGAUAUCUUAUCAUAGGAUCUGCCCCAACUCUUCCUGCUGUAGCCCCUCAAAAAACAGCCCCUCAAUGCAAGGGUAAUGUUUCUUUAUUAAGUACUCAAGAUAUUGAUUUGCACAAUUCUCUGCAGAAAUUUUGGACUCUAGAGGAACCUCCCAUCAAACAUCAUGUAACAUCUGAACAAGAAAUUUGUGAAAAUCACUUUCUAAACACGGUCUCUAGGGAUUCAAAUGGACGCUACUUUGUUAGGCUACCCAUAAAAGAAAAUCAUCCCCCUCUUGGUGACUCAUCAUUUUGCGCUCGCAAUAGAUUCCUAUCACUUGAAAGAAAAUUAGAAAGUCAGCCUGAAGUUAAAGCAGAGUAUAAUAAAGCCAUACAUGAUUUAUUGUCAUCUAGUCACAUGGAACCUGUUAACCCUCCUCCAAAUAGUGAUAAUAAACAAUUUUACUUACCUCACCAUGCUAUUGUCAAAGUAGAUUCCUCAACCACCAAGCUUCGUGUAGUAUACGAUGCAAGCGCACGCAGCUCCUCAGGUGUCAGCCUUAACGAUAUUCUACAUACCGGGCCAAAACUACAUAAUGAUCUUAAUGAUAUUCUGUUAAAGUUUAGACUUUCCCCUAUUGUCUUCUCAUGUGACAUCAAACAAAUGUUUCGUCAAAUAGUGAUCCACCCAGAUGAUAGAAACUAUCAAAUGUUGUAUUGGAGAGAUGACAAAGACGACCCCCUUUCAGUUUACCGUUUAACUACAGUUGUGUUUGGAUUCAACUGCUCACCCUACUUGGCACUAAGGACACUUCACCAACUUAUCACUGAUGAAGGCGCAAACUUCCCUCUGGCAGCUGAGGCUUUAAAGAAACAAGUAUAUGUAGAUGAUUUAAUAUUAGGUGCCAACAGCAUAGAACAAGCUUUGGUACUAAGAAAUGAGGUGGAACAACUUCUUUUAAAAGGAUGUUUCGAACUGAGGAAAUGGACUAGCAACUGCCCUCAAAUCAUGGAAACUCUCCCCGACUCUUACAAAGAAACUCCUCUAUAUUUCAACUCCUCAGAUCAACCUUAUUUCAAGGUACUAGGUAUAAAAUGGUCACCUAACUCAGACACUUUCUCUUAUCAGUUAAAUAUCCCAGACACGCCUCCCACUAAACGAGGUAUACUUGGAACAGUUAGCAGAAUAUUUGAUCCAAACGGUUGGUUGACUCCAGUCACUCUUUGGGUAAAAGCGUUGAUACAAGUUUUAUGGGCACUAGGUUUAUCAUGGGAUGCGCCUGUACCUCCGGAUCUAACUGAAAAAUGGUCUAAGUUCCUCCAACAACUCCCUUUCUUAAGUGAACUUAGCUUACCUCGAUAUGUUUCCGUAGCUGAUGCUGUUCAUAUCAGUUUACAUGGAUUUUGUGAUGGGUCUGAAACAGGUUACGGAGCUUGUGUCUACUUGCGAUGUGUAAGUUCUUCCGGAGAAAUCAACGUACAUCUGUUAAUUGCCAAAGCUCGAGUAGCUCCUCUUAAGAAGAUCUCCAUCCCUAGACUAGAAUUGUGUGGUGCCCAUCUUUUGUCCAAACUCCUGAACUAUUGCAACUCUCUACUCUCUCAAGAUUAUCUUGUCAACGAAUUACAUGCUUGGUGUGAUUCAUCUGUAGUCUUGUCAUGGAUAAAAACUGUACCCUACCGCUUAAAAGUUUAUGUUGCAAAUCGAGUCUCAGAAAUUCAAGAACUUACUCCUACUUACAUAUGGAAACAUGUCUCAACUCAUUGUAAUCCAGCUGACUUUGCCAGUAGAGGAACCCUUCCCAUUUCUAUGAAAGACAACAGUUUAUGGUGGAACGGUCCCAAUUGGUUAUCUCUGGAUCAGGAAUCAUGGCCUAUUCCUCGCUUCACCCCUCUCCAAGACGAACAAUUGCCAGAACGUAAGGUCGAACCUUUACCAAUAAUGGUUACAACUAAAAAACCAGACUUAUUCAACAGGUUUUCAUCUUGGUCAACCCUCCAGCGAGUCAUUGCUUACGUUCUACGCUUCAAAAAUAACCUUACAAACCAGGUUAAAUAA